UUCGACACACUCACACACACCAGACUCCAAAGAUUCGAAUCCUAGAUCGCUUUUCGUAAUAGCCACAAACAUGAACAUGUUUUCCGGCUCCUUUGUUAUCCUCAGUCUGCUCAGUCUAUCCCAUGCUGAUGGAGGAAGAGAAGUGAUAAGCAGUGGCCCAGGUAUCGCGUACCCAACGAGCUACACUCGGGCAGGGCCUAAUGAUCCAUUUACUGUCAAUGGCAGCCAACAAUGUCAACACUGCGGAAUUUACGUCGCAAAGAAUUGUCACAAUUUCAAUACGCCGAAUGAUCCCCCUACUGAUCAAUCUUGCGAUCUUGCGUUCUUACCACACAUGAAUCAUCCGCAAGAGUCCACAUGCAAGAAUAAUAAGGGAAGCUUCAAUUGCUAUUCUGGGCGCGAUAGCAGAGCCGGUAAGGGUGGUUGCACAGAUUGUGUGAUCGCCUGA